AUGGUCUCACUCAUGGGCAGGUAACUUAGGAAGAAGAGGAGAAGAAAAAGAUUUUUUUCCCCUUCUUGAUUAACCAAAGCUGGGUUUCCUGCCAUGAUGUCAGAAGGAGAGAAGCCUACCGCUUGUUAAUUUCAUCCCCCCAGUCUGACCUAGGAAGUAAGAGAAGCACCUCAUCAAGGCAGCUGUUUCCCCCCCUGUGGUCAUGACGGCUGCUUCUCCGCACAGUGACUCUCUGGUGGUCUUGUUUGGGGCAACAGCUGGUGCAUAUGGGGCUAAGCUGGGUUCCGAUGAAAGGGAACUAAUUCUCUUGGUGUGGCAAGUUGUGGAUCUACACAGCAAGAAGGUAGGGACACUGCACAAAUGCUUGGUGAAGGCCGACAAUUUGGAGCUGAGCGAUGAAUGUGGAGAGGUGACGGGCUUAACCCCCGAAGGCCUGAGCAAAGCUGAGCCACUCGAUCGAGUUCUCCAACAGUUCAGCCAACUGGUAUCCAGUGAUCUAAAGGCUCUGGGAAGAAACACUUACACAUUCUGCACAGAUGGCCAGCUCCUCAUUCGGCAGGUCCUUCAUCCAGAGGCCUCAAAAAAGAAUCUCCUACUGUCUGACUGCUUUUAUUCAUUUUAUGAUCUGCGCAAAGAGUUUCAUGACUGCUACCCUAACGUGGCCCCCGUGAAAGACCAAACUAUCCACUCUAUGGCAGAAUAUAUAGGCUUUAGGAUUAACGAAGCGGAGGAGGAUUUUGGAGUGUGGCAAGUGAAAGCCAUGGUGGCCAUUAUUUUCAGCAUGCUGCCGGAUACAUGUGUUGCAGAUCACAGGUUCACUGUCCCAGAAACUGUGAAAUACAAGUAUGAAACUGGACCCUGUAGUAAAUCAGAAGCAGUGGACAGCGAAACAGUAAUACGUGCCAGAGGGCUCCCUUGGCAGUCUUCCGACCAGGACAUUGCUCGGUUUUUCAAAGGCCUUAAUAUUGCCAAAGGUGGGGUGGCCCUGUGCCUGAAUGCCCAAGGAAGGAGGAAUGGAGAGGCCUUGGUGCGAUUUGUCAACUCUGAGCAGAGAGAUUUGGCCCUAGAGCGGCACAAGCACCACAUGGGUAGCAGAUACAUUGAGGUUUACAAAGCAACUGGGGAAGAGUUCCUGAAGAUUGCUGGAGGUACCUCCAAUGAAGUAGCUCAGUUCCUCUCCAAGGAGAACCAAGUCAUCAUCCGGAUGCGGGGUCUCCCUUUCACAGCCACGCCCGAGGACGUCCUGGGGUUCCUGGGACCCGAGUGCCCUGUCACAGGAGGGAAGGAGGGGCUUCUCUUUGUCAAGUAUCCAGAUGGCCGGCCUACGGGAGAUGCUUUCGUCUUGUUUGCCUGUGAAGAGUAUGCGCAGAAUGCACUUAAGAAACACAAGGAGAUCCUGGGGAAGCGAUACAUUGAGCUCUUCAGAAGCACGGCAGCAGAAGUCCAGCAGGUCCUCAACAGGUACAUGUCGACCCCUCUCAUCCCCACCCUCCCCACACCUAUCAUCCCCGUGAUGCCGCCUCCGUACACCAUCGCUGCUGGCAGCGUGCGAGACUGUGUGCGGCUCAGAGGCCUGCCUUACACGGCUGGGAUCGACGACAUCCUGGAGUUCAUGGGAGACGCUACUGCAGACAUCAAGCCACACGGAGUCCACAUGGUCCUGAACCAGCAGGGCCGUCCCUCUGGCGAUGCUUUUAUCCAGAUGAAAUCUUCUGACCGGGCUUUCCUGGUGGCCCAGAAGUGCCACAAGAAGAUGAUGAAGGACCGUUACGUGGAAGUGUUCCAGUGUUCAGGAGAGGAGAUGAAUUUUGUUUUAAUGGGUGGCACUUUAAAUCGUAGUGGCUUGUCUCCGCCACCAUGUAAGUUACCAUGUCUUUCUCCUCCAGCCUAUGCCUUCCAGACAGCUGCGGCCGUGAUCCCAACAGAAGCGGCAUUAUAUCAGUCGCAAGCGCUCUUGCCUCAAACCAGGUCCCAGCAGGCGUCGGCUGCUGUUGCCGCUGCUGCCGCCGCCGCCGCCGCUAGUCCAGCUGUUACCUACUACCCAACUCAGGCUGCUCAACUUUAUAUGAACUACACAGCUUACUACCCCAGCCCACCGGUGUCCCCGACCACAGUAGGGUACAUCACAGCGCCCCAAGCAGCAGUCGCAGCCGCUGCCUCAGCCACGCACACUCCAAUGCUGCCUCAGCCUGGUGCCCUUGUCCGGAUGCAGGGAUUGCCCUAUAAUGCAGGAAUGAAGGAAAUCCUCAGUUUCUUCCAGGGAUAUCAGCUCCAUGGAGACUCCAUCCUCCUGCUUUACAACUUCAGUGGUCAGCCCAGCGGAGAAGCCCUGGUCACUUUCCCCAGCCUGGACUCGGCAAAGAAAGCUGUGGCCGAGAGAAGUGGAUGCCGCUUGGGAAGACACUGUGUGGAACUCUGCCUGAUCUAACUGAGGCUGGACCUUCUGUGGGGUGGGCAGGAGUGAGGACAAUCCCUGCUCAAAAUUCACCCCUUUCUUUAAGAACACCGUCUUCCCUCACUCAAAAGUGCCUUCUCCUCCUGAUGUGCCUGGGAAACAAUCCUCGCAAGUGUCUUCAACUGACAGAAAUACACCUUCCCCCCCAAAAAAAAAUAGUGCUAGGAUGUUUGAUUUCAACAGCGUAGCCAUGAAAAUCCCCCACCCCCACUUAAUUUGGAGAUAAAUCUGUAGCACUUCACCAGUUGUAACCACAAUAGAUGUAUUUUUAAUUUAACUUUAUUUCUGAGUCUCAGUUUGGAGAGGAAACUGAAGCCUAUAGAAUCCUUCAAAUUUUCAUUUCAUUUUUAAUCCAAACUUGCCAAAAGUUUUGUUGUUGUUGUUGGCGGAAGGGAGGGGUGGGGGUUGCCCUUGCCUUGAAAGUUGGCUAGCGGAAGCCUUUUUUCCUGAAAUGUGGCUGGGCAAAAAACAACUUUGUUUUGAAUGUUUAUAUUGUUUCCUUUACUCCACUACAGAAUAACUUGGAAAGCUGCAUCCAAAUGAAAUUGCAGAAAAAGCUUUUUAGUUUUUUUUU